AUGAAUGCUUCGUUCCAUGACCGUCGUCAGCUCAAAUUUACUUCCCAUUUCAAAGUCGCUGCAUCUUUCCUCACGCCAUUGACAAAAGCCACUGCUUUCCAACCACUCCUUCUCCUCCUCUUACCCAUAAAUCACGCUAAUGACUUUCCUGCUAUGGCUCUGGAAAGAAGGAAUUUCGUGUCCACACCGGCGUAUCCUGAGAAUAGGCCUGUGGUCUGUGGAGGUGGAGCUGGCCAGACGAGGAGACUGGAGACUGGAAGGCUGGCGACGACAUUUUCGUCCAGGACCUUGUCGGAGACGAAGGGUGACGACGGCAACUGUGCUCCGGUGUUGAGAUCAUGGGGGUGUGCCGGUUCACAAUUGCUGCUCUGGGCAUUAUGGUAUGGGAGGUUCGGCUAUGUUGCCGGAGUGGCUGUGAGUGGGGUUGAAGUUGCUGGGGACGGAGAAGAUGUCGUGGACGAGAGGUCAGAGAGACGACCUAGGCGCCAGAAGAGGAGACUAGAGAGUGGAGACUGGAGAGGCGCGGCGCGGCGCUGCCAUGGAGGAAGAAGCAGCAGCAGCAGCAGCGGCAGAGGUUGCCACGCAGAAGAGAGGAAGGCUCUAUUACGCAUAAAGGACUUCGUCAAGUCCAACUGGCUUAGUUCUUCUUCUUCGUCUACUACUGAUAUUUUUCCUUCAUGGGUGGCUGGGGCAGCAGAGAGUAUUGACUGCUGUAAGUGGGAAAGAGUGAAGUGCAACUCCACUACUGGACGGCUCAUGGACCUCUCCCUCUUUAAUAUCAACAACAUAACCUAUUAUGAACGUUUAGAAUGCAUACGUUGUGAAGAUAGGCUUCUGAAUGCCUCCCUCUUUCUCCCAUUCCAGGACCUCACAACCCUUAACUUGUCUCUUAAUUCCAUCUCCGGCUUUCUUCCAAAUCAAGGUUUUGAAAAGUUAACAAGUUUGAAGAAGUUAGAAAUCUUGGACUUGGGCUAUAAUUACUUUUACAAGAGAAACAUCUUCCGAUCACUUGGCCAACUGACUUCACUCAAGACUUUGAUUCUUGGUCACAAUGGUCUUGAUGGAUUCUUUCCGAUCCAAGAAUUGUCAUCUUUGAAGAACUUGGAAACGUUGGAUCUAAGUCAUAAUCAUUUCUUGUAUUCCUUCUCUAUGCAAGAUUCUGAAAGACUGUCCCAACUGAGCAAGCUAAGUUACCUUGAUCUGAGUAGCAAUUCUUUUGACCAAUCAGUGUUAAAGCCUUUAAGGGUGCUCCAAGCUCUUAGAUAUCUAUCUCUUGAGUCAAAUGGAAUUAGCGGACAACUUUCUGACUUGGAGUUGGAUAUUAGUGAUAACAAUAUCGAAGGGACCCUUCCUCAAUGUUUGAAUAAUUUGACAAAUCUUAGGCUUUUGGAUCUCUCCAAGAAUCAAUUCACGGGGAAGCUUUCUGAAUCUCUCAUUUCCAGCCUAACAGCAAUGGAGUACAUUGAUUUUAGCAACAAUUCCUUCGAGGGCUUAUUCUCAUUUAGCUCAUUUGCAAAUCAUUCCAAGCUUGAGGUUGUUCAAUUCCUCAGUUUCAAUGACAAGUUCCAGGUGGAAACUGACUUAUCAAUUGAGGUUCCCAAAUUUCAACUAAAGGUCCUUAUGUUAUCAAACUGUAACCUAAAUAGACUCUCAGGUGGUCAUAUUCCAAAAUUCGUUUUGUUCCAAUACAAGUUAAUAAGCAUCGAUCUUUCCCACAAUAACUUGACAGGACAUUUUCCCAAGUUCUUGCUAGAAAACAAUCCAGGACUAGACUACCUAUUUCUUAGGAACAACUCUUUGGUGGGUCAAUUUCGUUUGCCACUGACAGCUUGCUUCCAUAUUGAUGUCUCAGACAAUAAGUUGGUCGGUGAAAUUCAGUCAAACAUAGGGGAGAUGCUGCCGCAAACAAAACGUAUAAACAUAUCCAGAAAUGCUUUUGGAGGACGUGUUCCAUCCUCGAUUAGCAACAUCAGUGGGAUUUGGCAAUUGGACAUGUCCUUCAACAAAUUUUCCGGAGAGGUACCAAAAGAAUUGCUUGCAGCUUGCACCCAAUUGGAGUUUUUGCAUUUGUCUCACAAUAGAUUUCAUGUUUUAGAUAUUAGCAACAAUUACCUGUCUGGUCAGAUUCCUCAUUUGAUGGGCAAUGGGUUCUCGUUGCUUGUACUCAACAUGCAGAAUAAUCUAUUCAGUGGUCAAUUUUCAUGUGAAAAUAUUCCUUAUGAAUAUUUAGACAUUUCUUAUAAUGAUCUUUCGGGAACUUUACCUUCAUGUUCAAUGGUUCAACGUUUGCGAUACUUGCAUUUAGAAGGGAAUAGAUUUGGAGGAUCAAUACCAGAAGCUUUUCUGAAUUUUUCAGGAAUAUCAUCACUAAACAUUAGGUAUAACAGUUUAUUUGGAAAGAUUCCAAGUGUGAUUGGAUCGCUUUCUAGAUUAAAAGUCCUUUUGUUGAGUGGAAACCAUUUGAGUGGACUAAUGCCAAAUGAGUUGUGUCAAUUAAGUGAAAUAAGCAUGAUGGAUCUCUCCAAUAACUCUCUUUCUGGGUCAAUACCCCACUGCUUUAGCAAAAUCACUUUUGGGAAAUUUAGGGGCUUACAGUUCAGCUUUUCACGAAAUUUUGAAUUCAUGUGGGAUCGAUCUCCGUAUUGGGAACUUGGAGGUGAAAUCCCAUAUGAACUAGGAAAUCUAAGUUGGAUUCAUGAAAUGAACUUGUCCCACAAUCGAUUUGCCGGUCCUAUACCAAGUUCUUUCUCAAACCUACGCCAUAUAGAAAGUUUGGACCUUUCUUACAACCAUUUGAAUGGGGAAAUCCCUUCAAUACUUGUUGAUCUAGACUUCUUGGCAGUGUUCAGUGUGGUUCAUAACAAUUUAUCAGGUAGAGUUCCAGACAAGGGGCAUUUCUUGACAUUCGAAGCAAGUAGUUUCAUUGGAAAUCCAUUUCUUUGUGGGCAAAUACUGAAAAAAAACUGCAGCCCCGUUGUUGAGCCGGCACCUCACUCUCCGGAAAAAAGCGACGGGAAAUGGUAUAAAGUGGAACCAGUGACCUUCUUUGCAAGUUUUGCUGCUUCAUACAUCACAUUUUUCUUGGGGGUUAUAGUUGUUCUCUAUGUCAAUCCUACUUGGCGACGAAGGUUGUUCUAUCUAGCUGAAAAAUGGUUCUUUUCGUGCUACUACUUUGUUUAUGAUGCUAUUCGCAAGUUUGUAGCACAUAUGCGAUGA